AUGGCAGCCGCAGACUCGGAAGAGUCGUAUAUCGACUACGAAGCAUUUGCGUCGCCGGAUUUCCACGCACCAACCUUCGCGAAUACGCUCAUCCUGUCCACAAACGAUGCCAACGACGCAUUCCUUGACCUCUCCACACCAUUGUCGCGUGUAUUGUUUGACGUUCAGGAAGUCGACACGCACAUUGAUUCUCUCACAACUUCAUCCGCAUUGCCUCUACUGAAGCACACAUCAUCUCGCGCAAAGGCCAGCACACACGUUCUCGACACUCUCGAAUCCCAGGUCCAAGGAUUACAGCAGGCGUAUACGAGGCUACACCAAGAUGUGGUGGAAAGAUAUGAACAGGCCGAUCAAGUACGUCUUGCAGCGGACAGAUUAGCGAACACACUACGGCUUGCCAGGGCUGUCGCAAGAUGCCUACAGAUUGGCCGUACACUAGAAGGAAGCGUAGCCGAUACGGACAAGCCGCGUGAAGGUUAUCGGGCCCUUGCUUCUGCAGCUAGAACAGUCUUGUCUCUUCGACAGGCCUUGGUUCCUGACGAUGUAGCUGAGGCCAGGUUGUUGGCACGAGUGAAUGCCAUUAGCACGCUGCGGGCCGAGUUGCUCGACCCGUCCGAGCGGAGUUUGCUAGCAAAAGCACAGCAGAGCGUGCGUGAGUUCAGCAUGUCGACUCUCACGGGCUCCUCUGCAGGAGCAGGCUCGGUGUUUGCACAGCACGACGAUACAAGAGCAAGGACGCUGGCAGCAUUACACACACUAUACUUGCUCUCUCCAGUGAGCUUACCACCAAAAUCUUCUGCCGUACAAGGAGCCACAUUCAAUCCAACUGUUCUCGUAGCGGCGUUGCAGUCGUAUCUGCAGACCUCUCUUACAGCAUCAGCCACUUCUUUGGCACGUGCUCUAGCUACUCUUCCAACACUCGAUCGGACUUUGCUCGACAUCAGCGCAAGGUGUCAGAACAUAGUGGCAUUAGAGUCGCUGCUAUCAACAGCGAGACCUCCGGCCCACCCUCUUCUACCUGAACCGGCAAACAGCACUACGCCUGCAUCGCUCGAACCUCCGUCAAACUUUUUGGGCCCCCUUCUGGCAGCUUUAGACACUUCUUCUCUACCAUCUUACUUCUGGCGCUCUUUGGCCUCUUCUCUAGCGCCAAAGGUCCAGGAGAUCAUUGCUCGUGGAGGUGUUAGCGCGCGGACACUAAAGACGAAUAGAGACAAGGUUCGUGAUGCGGUUAGAGAAUGUGUGCACAGAGGCAGUCAAUUGCCCUCUUCAACAGGCUCAAAGAAAGUAGUAGGGAACUGGGAGAGGGAGGCUGCCGUCAUGGUGGGUAGUAUAAUUGGUGCUUUGAGCCGAUAG